AUGGCUGAGCAGCGAGAGGGCCAGCGUCUCAAAUACACCGUCACCCACUAUCGCCAGCCACAUCUCACGCACGAGGAGUUCAUGAAGUGGAUUGUCGAAGCGCAUCUCCCGAUUGCCAUGCCCGUCUUCAAGAAGCACAGAGUACUCUCAUACACGCUUUUGAGUACUUUUCCCCAGGCUAUGGCGAGCAUGCAGGCUGAUCCGGAAGGGCAUGCGUCGAUCAAAGAACAGGAGAAAUGGGUCGAUACCUCGAGGGCUUUGGUUUCGGUGAGAUAUGCUAUUCCGAAUCUGCUGGAGAGCGGGGAGGUUCUGGACAUGGAAAAGUGA